GCUCUACAAGCCUCACAGGCUAGCCGCCUAUCGCGGCCGCGUCACGUGACUCUCUCGCGGCAAGGCGAGGCCGGGUUGUUACAGUCAGUUGUCCCGCCUGAGCGAGGAGGGAGAGCGCGCACUGUCUGCAUCGAAGCAAGGGAGGGCGAUGUGGCACUGUAACAAGGAAGGAGCCCCUAAACGGGCACGGCCCACCAGCCCGGCCGACGGCUUGCAGACGCCUGAAAAGCGUGCCUGUGCGUGGCACGCUGCGGAUCCCGGUGGGCUCCAUCCCCGGCACUGGGACACCGAGCAACUGUGCGAUUUCCUCUGGCGUAGCGGCUUCGAAGACCCGGCGCUGCUGAGCUGCUUCCGAGAAAAUAAAAUCACCGGUUCAACUUUGCCUUACCUCACUAAAUCAGAACUUGAAGAAAUGGGUAUUCGGCCUGUAGGUUUGAGACUGAAUCUUCUGACUUGUCUAGGCAAACUGGGGCAAAGUCAUGUCGACAUAACGAAGGUAUUUAAUGAUCCGAUUCAUGGUCACAUUGAAAUGCAUCCUCUCCUUGUUCGGAUCAUUGACACGCCUCAGUUUCAACGUCUACGAUACAUUAAACAACUGGGUGGCACUUACUAUGUUUUCCCAGGAGCAUCACACAACCGCUUUGAACAUUCCCUUGGAGUUGGUUAUCUCGCAGGCCGUUUGAUCAGGACACUGCAGGAGCGACAACCAGAGCUAAAUAUCAACCAGAGGGAUAUUUUGUGUGUGCAGAUCGCUGGUCUUUGUCAUGAUUUGGGUCAUGGACCAUUCUCGCACAUGUACGAUGGAAGAUUCAUCCCACUUGCUCGUCCAGGAUUAAAAUGGAAGCAUGAACAGGCUUCUGUUAACAUGUUUGAACACUUGAUUGCUUCCAAUGGUCUAAAACCCAUCCUGGAGUAUUACGGUCUCAAACUGGAUGAAGAUAUAGACUUUAUCAAAGAACAGAUAGCAGGACCUAUUGAAACAAAAACAGAUGAUACUAUGUGGCCUUACUGUGGUCGACCUAAGGAAAAGAGCUUUCUUUAUGAGAUAGUGGCCAACAAAAGAUGUGGCAUUGAUGUUGAUAAAUGGGAUUACUUUGCUAGGGAUUGUUAUCAUCUUGGCAUCCAGAAUAACUUUGAUUAUGAACGUUUCAUUAAAUUUGCUCGUGUCUGCCAAGUAGAAAACAAGAAGAGUAUUUGUACCCGUGACAAGGAGGUUGGAAAUCUGUAUGACAUGUUCCACACACGGAAUUGCCUGCACCGGAGAGCCUACCAACAUAAAGUCGGCAACAUCAUUGAAACCAUGAUUACAGAUGCCCUUUUAAAAGCUGAUCCAUUUAUCAGAAUCAAGGGCUCUGAGGGAAAAGAAUACAAGAUCUCUACAGCGCUAGAAGAUAUGGAAGCAUACACUAAGUUAACAGAUGAGAUCUUUCUAAAGAUUCUAUACUCUGAUCAACCAGAACUGAAUGAAGCACAGGAAAUUUUGUGUAAAAUUGAGCAGCGUGAUCUGUAUAAGUGCCUGGGAGAGACUCAUACCCCAGAGGGCAUAGAAAUUACAAAGGAGCAAUGUGAUGGACUGGCUGCUGAAAUUGUUACGUCCAAGCCAGUGACACUCUCUCAAGAAGUUGAAUUGAAAGCUGAAGACUUUAUUGUUGAUGUUAUCAAUAUGGAUUAUGGAAUGGAAAAGAAGAACCCUGUCAAUAAUGUCCGUUUCUACUGCAAGUCUGACAUCACUCAGGCAAUCAGAAUCACUAAAGAACAAGUUUCAAAGCUUCUACCAGAAAAAUUUGCAGAGCAAGUAAUCAGAGUUUAUUGUAAGAAAACGGAUGAAAAGACUAUCAAUGUUGCUAUAAAAUAUUUCAUUCAGUGGUGUAUGAACAAGAAUUUCACUAAACCACAGGAUGGUGAUGUUGUUGCCCCUGAACUUACUCCAAUGAAAGCAGGCUGGAAUGUCGAUGAAGAUGACGAAAAGCAUAUUUCAAAGAAAAACAGUCCUGCUUUAAAGCCCAGAACCAGACUUUUUGAUGACUCUUAAAAAGGAUGGCAAAAACCAGUCUUUUAUUUCCAGACACAUUCCACAGUUUCUCUACUAGGUUAAACACUAUGUAUAAAACCUAUUGGGAGGGAGGAGGAAGAUCCUGUGCCAUUUGCCUUAAUUCCUAUAUUUUGUUUAUUAUAAAAGUGGUUAUCCCAUUGUCCAUUUAGAAAAGCUUCUGACAUUCCCUCAAAUCAUGAUAGAGCUGAAGCUAGUAUAUGUUGAUUUACAGCUAAAUAUACAUUGACACAGUCAAGAAUAUACUAAUUUUAAAUGUUGUUUUUUUAAAAAAAACUUUGGUACUUUUUAAUAACUGAACAAAAUUCGGGCAAUGAAAAACAAUUAUUAAAUGCAUGCUAACCACUGAAUAUUUGCUAGAGAGGAAAUGUGAUUUGUGUAGAGGCAAACAGCUGUUCAGAAUCUGAAAGGAAGAAGCACAUGUCAAACCAGGAAGUUUUGCCUGUUAGAUUUCAAACCAACCUGAAUGUAUUUUAAUGUCUCAUAUUUCCACAGAUUUGAUUGUAUUUGUAUGGAAUAGUAUAUUGUUCCUUUAAAUUCUUUUUUUUGCAACAUAUUUCUAUGAUGUGCACUUUAUGCUGAUAGAAAUACAGUUUUGUGUAUGAAGAGAAUGCUGUUAAACAUGAGAAUUGAGAUUUCCUUGAGCUUCACAUAACGAGCCUUCAGAAGAAAGGUAUACAUUGUUUAUGUACUAUGGGUUGGAUUGUGAGUUGUCCUUCUGCAAACAGGAUGGAUCCAGCGGGUUCCUACUGGAGAAGCUGGGAGGCCAUUUUCACUAAUUUUCUCUGCACCACUUCCCACAUUGAUCAGAUUUAUAGGGGGACUGCAAGGGUAAGGUGGAAAUCCUUCCUUCAGAAGGAACAUCCUCUGCUCAAAGUCUGCUGAAAGGGAACUCUAGGUCAAAGUCAGUGUUUAAAAUGAAGCUGUGUUGUGGAUUUCUGUUAUAACCGUAUGGCUGCAAAAUUGAACAUUUAGGGCAUUAUCAGGUGCUGUACUGAAUCCCCUCCCUGGCACACUGCAUCUGAAUCUGGAAUUAUUUGAUGGUCACACACUGUCGCAUGUGAGCUUCCAGUGGGCAGAGAAUUGUUCAGAAAUGUUCCAUGCAUCUAAUGGUGGCAGUAGGGCAAGGAUGGUACCUGUGGCCCUCCAGUGCUUGCUGAAGUACAACUCCUUUCAUCCCUGACUGUUGGCCAUGCUGGCGGGGCCUGAUGGGAGUUGGGAGUCCCAAUAACAUCUGGAGGGCAUCUGGCUACUUCUGGACUAGAUUAUUCAAAGAGAGACUCCAGAAUCAGUGGGUUAAUUGACUGAUCUCCAUAAGUUUGAAUGAGAAGGGAGCUUCUUGCAGCCUAAGGCUUCACUUUGUCUUUAACAUCUUAAGCAUAAUGCAAAAGGGUCAAGGCAGCAUAUGACUAUAUUCUCUAAAGCCAAUUCUGUUAGCAUUACAAAUUAUAAGUUUAGUGUGCUUGAAUGUGAAACUUUUUUCUUGUGCGUUCCAGCUCAGCAAUAAAACUUCUGAGAUUUUCUUAAGCUUCACAUAA